AUGGCGUCUCCCAGUGGGAAGGGAGCCCGGUCGCUGGAGGCUCCUGGCUGCGGGCCCCGGCCGCUCGCCCGGGACCUGGUGGACUCCGUGGACGACGCGGAGGGGCUGUACGUGGCGGUCGAGCGUUGUCCGCUGUGCAACACCACCCGCCGGCGGCUGACCUGCGCCAAGUGCGUCCAGAACGGCGAUUUCGUCUACUUCGACGGCCGCGACCGGGAGAGGUUUAUAGACAAGAAAGAAAGGUUAAACCAACUUAAGAGCAAGCAAGAAGAAUUUCAAAAAGAGGUGUUAAAAGCUAUGGAAGGAAAAUGGAUAACAGAUCAGUUGAGAUGGAAAAUAAUGUCCUGCAAGAUGAGGAUUGAACAGCUAAAACAAACAAUAUGUAAAGGAAAUGAAGAAAUGAAGAUAAAUUCCGAAGGCCUUCUUAAAACCAAGGAAAAGAAUCAGAAGCUUUAUACUCGAGCACAGCGGCAUCAAGAGAAAAAGGAGAAGAUUCAGAGGCACAACCGCAAACUGGGUGACCUGGUAGAAAAAAAAACCAUCGACUUAAGGAGUCAUUAUGAGCGUCUGGCAAAUCUUCGGCGAUCUCAUAUAUUAGAGCUCACCUCUGUCAUUUUUCCAAUCGAGGAAGUAAAGACUAGUGUGAGAGAUCCUGCAGAUGUGUCCUCAGAGAGUGACAGUGCCAUGACCUCCAGCACUGUGAGCAAGCUUGCCGAAGCCCGGAGGACGACUUACCUCUCCGGGAGAUGGGUCUGUGAUGAUCACAACGGGGACACCAGCAUUAGCAUUACAGGGCCUUGGAUUAGCCUUCCCAACAACGGGGACUACUCUGCCUACUACAAUUGGGUAGAAGAGAAGAAAACCACACAGGGGCCUGACAUGGAGCACAGUAACCCCGCUUACACGAUCAGCGCUGCGUUGUGCUAUGCGACUCAGCUGGUCAACAUUUUGUCUCAUAUACUUGACAUAAAUCUUCCCAAAAAGCUGUGCAACAGUGAAUUUUGUGGGGAAAAUCUCAGCAGACAGAAAUUUACUCGAGCAGUGAAGAAACUGAAUGCAAAUAUUCUUUAUCUCUGCUUUUCUCAGCAUGUAAAUUUAGAUCAGUUACAACCACUGCAUACUCUCAGGAAUCUCAUGUACCUGGUUAGUCCGAACUCUGAACACCUGGGCAGGUCGGGACCCUUUGAAGUGCGAGCGGACCUCGAGGAGUCCAUGGAGUUUGUGGACCCCGGCGUUGCCGGGGAGUCAGAUGAGAGUGGCGACGAGCGCGUCAGUGACGAGGAAACCGACCUGGGCACAGACUGGGAGAACUUGCCGAGUCCCCGGUUUUGCGAUAUCCCUUCCCAGCCUGUGGAAGGCUCCCAGAGCCAGAGCAGCCAGGUAUCCCCGCCCAUCGCUAGCAGCAGUGCCGGUGGAAUGAUCUCCUCCGCCGCAGCCUCGGUGACCUCCUGGUUUAAGGCUUACACUGGACACCGCUAA